AUGCACCCUGAGGUCUCGGAGCCCAAGGAGGACGAGGGAGAGGAACAGGACUGCGCGCAGAAGCCGUGUGUGAUGCCGUCUGUGGAGGAGUCUGCAGGUGACCACGGGAGCGCAGGCCAAGGAAGCCGCAAGGAAGAAAUUAAUGAUCCUAAGGAAACGUGUACGAGUCCUUCUGACACAGCCAAUGAAAGUGAGAAGAAACAGAGUGGUGAUAGCAGUUCAAACAGUUGCUUAGCACACCAAAGGAAUGACAAGGAAGAUCAUGGCGUCAGAAUGACUAAAAAUCUCCUGCAAAAACUCUGCAAGCAACACAAGCUUUAUAUUACCCCAGCAUUGAAUGAUACGCUGUAUUUACACUUUAAAGGUUUCGAUCGCAUCGAGAACUUGGAAGAGUACACGGGGCUGCGUUGUCUCUGGCUCGAGUGCAAUGGAAUACAGAAAAUCGAGAACCUGGAGGCCCUCACCGAAUUGCGUUGCCUCUUCUUGCAAGUGAAUUUGCUUCAUAAAAUCGAAAACCUAGAACCUCUGCAGAAACUGGAUGCUCUUAACCUCAGCAACAAUUACAUCAAGACCAUUGAAAACCUCUCCUGUCUGCCAGUCCUGAACACGCUCCAGAUAGCCCACAAUCACCUAGAGACAGUGGAAGACAUUCAGCAUCUAAAGGAGUGUUUGAAACUUUGCGUCCUUGAUCUUUCCCAUAAUAAGCUGAGUGACCCAGAAAUCCUGAGCGUCCUGGAGAGCAUGCCUGAUCUGCGUGUCCUGAAUUUGAUGGGAAACCCAGUCAUUAGAAACAUCCCUAACUAUCGAAGGACAGUCACUGUUCGACUAAAACCCUUAACAUUCCUGGACGAUAGACCGGUUUUUCCAAAGGACAGAGCUUGUGCAGAGGCCUGGGCUCGGGGAGGCUAUGCAGCUGAGAAAGAGGAGAGACAGCAGUGGGAGAACAGAGAAAAGAAGAAGAUCACAGACAGCAUCGAAGCCUUGGCGAUGAUCAAGCGGCGGGCUGCAGAGAGAAAGCUGCAGAAAGAAAGUCAAGGGAAAGGGGAGGUGCCGACGCCAGACGAGAAUGAGACUGUGGGUGUCGAUGAGGAAGGGAAGGAAAAGCCCCGUGAGGAUGGAGAAAGGCAGCAGAAAAUGGAGCUGUUUGUCAGGGAAAGCUUCGAGGCCAAGGACGCGCUCUUCCCAGACAAGCCGGGCCUCCUCGAGGAGCUGCCUGCAGACGUCAAUGCAGAGGUUGAAGACCGGGACCCGGAAGGGGUGCCCCCAGCUGAGGCCCCCAAGCCAGCCACCCUGGGAGCCACCUGGGAAGAAUCAGCUCCCCAGAGUGUGGCCACUGAGAGUGCAUCAGGUUCAAAACUUGAUGAAGAUUUGGAAAUCAUUACACUGGAGACAGAGAAGAAGCUCUUCAUCGACGACCUACCUGACUUAGAAGACGUUGAUACAGGCGAAUCUCUGGAAGACCAAGACAAGAAGACGUGCGCUCCAAAGAUUACAACCAUCUCGAGCUUGAGUGACGACAGUGACCCUGAACCGGACUGCACCUCGCUGCCAGUGUUGGAAAGCACGGCCACAGACAGCCUCUCAAAUAUCUUCACAGUCUCCAAGGACACCUCCAGGAAGGCUGAGGCACCCUUUGUGCACAUAUUUAAAGCAGCAGCAGAGAGGGAUUUGGAGACCCGAAGUAGACACACCAAGUCCCCACGCCCGCUGAUUCAGGAGCUCAACAAUGACGAGCUUUCGGGCCAACCACCAACACCCCCAACCUGCGAGAGGGACUCUGCACCACCCACUUCCAGCGAGGAUAGGGAUGGGGACCUACUUUCAGCCUCUCCUCCAGAAAACAGCACUGAAAAGGAUGGAGUGCAGCCUGACACAAAGCCUGAAGAGCCCGCAGUACCCGAGGCGCGAGACCAGGAAGACAUUGAAUUUGGCUUGGACUGA